AUGGACAUAAACAUGACGCGUCCCGACAACGCCACCAUCCUGAUGCUGAAAAACCCGGCCAUCGCGGUGGUCCUGCCGGCGGUGUACUCCUUCGUGGUGCUGGUCAGCAUCCCGGGCAACUUCUUCUCCUUGUGGGUGCUGUGCCGCCACAUCGGGCCCAAGUCCCCGUCGGUCAUCUUCAUGAUCAACCUGAGCCUCACCGACCUGGCGCUGGCCUGCGUCCUGCCUUUCCAGAUCUAUUACCACUGCAACCGCAACCACUGGGUGUUCGGGACGCACCUGUGCACCGUGGUCACCCUGGUCUUCUACGCCAACAUGUACUCGUCCAUCCUGACCAUGACCUGCAUCAGCGUGGACCGCUUCCUGGGCGUGGUGUAUCCACUGGCCUCCGCGCGCUGGAGGCGCCGGCGCUACGCGGUGGCCACGUGCGCGGGCACCUGGCUGCUGCUGCUGGUGGCCCUGUCGCCCCUGGCGCGCACCGACCUCACCUACGCCGUGGAGGAGCUGGGCAUCGUCACCUGCUUCGACGUGCUCAAGUCCACUAUGCUGCCCAGCGUGGCCAUGUGGGCCAUCUUCCUCUUUACGCUCUUUAUCGUCCUGUUCCUGGUGCCCUUCGUGGUCACCGUGGCCUGCUACACGGCCACCAUCCUCAGGCUCCUGCGCACCCCGGAUUCGCACGGCCAGGGCCAGAGGCGCCGCGCGGUGAGCCUGGCGGUCGUGGUCCUCCUCGCCUUCGUCACCUGUUUCGCGCCCAACAACUUCGUGCUCCUGGCGCACAUGGUCAGCCGCCUCUUUCUGGGCACCAGCUAUUACCACGUCUACAAGCUCACGCUCUGCCUCAGCUGCCUCAACAACUGCCUGGAUCCCUUCGUGUACUAUUUCGCAUCCCGCGAGUUCCAGCUCCGGCUCCGCGGCUACUUGCGCACCGGGACCCCGCCACCCAGCGCCCUGAGCGCGCGCCGGGAAAGCGUCUUCUCCGGCCGGACGCUCUUGGCGCCCUCGGUGUCCAGCUGCCACGGCGAUAUGCUGGAGGCGGCCGCGCGGCCCUUCCUCCAAAGGCAGGAGAGCGUGUUCUGA